AUGACAGGAAUUUCCAAGUUUCACCUUUUUGCUAAAACUCUUGCAAUUUUUUUUUGUGUCCUCGUACACCAGAAUCUUAAGAAUGAUAGCUCCAUUAAUAAGUCAUUUAGUAAUGUGCAAAAAAUAGAUAAAUCAUUAAAUUCAAGAACCUGUCGAUUAUUAUCAAAAACUGAUGUCGUAGGUCAACCAAAACAAGAUGACUUAAAAAAAUGUAAAAUGAAUGAAAUGGAGGAAAUAGAUUUAGGAUUAUAUGAAGAACCGAAAAGUCCAAACAUAUUCAAACGUGCUGAUCAAUAUUUUGAGAACAAAAUAAUAAAUAAACUUUAUGAUGUAGAGAGUAUGAGCAUGAUCAGACAUAUUGAUAAGAGAGGAUUUCUGAAAACAUCAUGGAAAAACGUUUUUUUGAUAUAUUUACUUCCAUUGUGUAUAGUUUUGAUAGGAGCAUUGUUGAUAGGGUUAAAACAAUUAAAACUAUUAGGAAGUUUCGAAUAUAUUUCGUAUAUUUCAUUAGGCCCAACUGUAUUAGCUUUAUUGCCGCUUUUAUAUAUAUUUAUAAAAGUAGUUAAACACAUUAAAAGGUGGAAAAAAACGGAAUCAUAUCUAGCAUAA